ACCUGCUUCACCAGAAUGCGCACCAGGGAGGAAGGAGACCCAGCAAUCGUCAAUGGGGUUUAUUGGUCCGAAUCCCUAAACAAAGUUUUUGUCGAUAACUUUGAUCGGGACCCCUCCCUCAUAUGGCAGUACUUUGGAAGUGCGAAGGGAUUUUUUAGGCAGUAUCCAGGGAUUAAAUGGGAACCAGAUGAGAAUGGAGUCAUUGCCUUUGACUGCAGGAACCGAAAAUGGUACAUCCAGGCAGCGACUUCUCCGAAAGACGUGGUCAUUUUAGUGGAUGUCAGUGGCAGCAUGAAAGGACUGCGUCUCACUAUUGCAAAGCAAACCGUCUCAUCUAUUCUGGAUACACUGGGGGAUGAUGACUUUUUCAACAUAAUUGCUUAUAAUGAGGAGCUUCACUACGUGGAACCUUGCCUGAAUGGGACGUUGGUGCAAGCUGACAGGACAAACAAGGAGCACUUCCGGGAGCAUCUGGACAAACUUUUUGCCAAAGGAAUUGGAAUGCUGGAUAUAGCUCUGAACGAGGCCUUCAACAUUCUCAGUGACUUCAACCACACAGGACAAGGAAGCAUCUGCAGCCAGGCCAUCAUGCUCAUCACCGACGGGGCGGUGGACACCUAUGAUACUAUCUUUGCGAAAUACAAUUGGCCAGAUCGCAAGGGCCAAGGAAACACUGAAAUAACAAAAUGUCCAGUUUGAUCUUCCCAUCACACAGUUGGGAAACCU